AAGAACGAAUUCAUCCCUUUAUUAUACCCCUACAUUGGGUGUAAGUAGAUACAGCCCUGUAUUUCGAACAGUAUGGCCGAUUGUGCAGUUUUCCGAGAGGUACAAGUAUUAGAUCCAACACCCAGGAAACGUAAAAUAAUAAUUUUUCACAACUGAAGUUAAGAAACUUUAGUGUAAUGAUUAAAGAUAUGGCGGACGAUGAGGCCAUACAGGCCACGAAUGAUGAUGCCAGUGAGUGUAAAAGAUAUGCAGUGCAACUUGGUUACUGGUCUGAUCCAUUCAUCAAUUUUUUUGUAAAACAAACUACACGAAAGCCACCAGAGAUCAAUCGUGGUUACUACGCAAGGGUCAAGGGCAUAGAAGUAUUCAUCGACAAAUUCCUUAAACUGUCUGGUGACAAAGGUCAAAUUAUAAAUUUGGGUGCUGGUUUUGACACACUUUACUGGAAGCUCAGAAAUGCUGGAAACAGUCCUACAAACUUUGUAGAGCUAGAUUUUCCAAGUAUUACAGCCAAAAAAUGUUAUCACAUCAAAAAACAUAAACAAUUAAUAGAUACAUUAAAUACAGAAGAUGGCGAAAUCAGGUUUUCAACAAUAGAUUUACAUGCUGCUAAUUACCAUUUGGUAGGAACAGAUUUGCGAGAUAUAUAUGAAUUAGACAAAAAAUUAACACAAGCUGAAGUUAACUUUAAUUUACCAACUAUGUUUCUUGCUGAAUGUGUUCUAGUAUAUAUAGAUACUAGUGCAGCUUCAACAUUAUUAAAAUGGCUUGCAGUAACGUUUCCAAAUAGUAUAUUUGUAAGUUAUGAGCAAGUAAAUAUGAAGGAUAAAUUUGGGCAAGUAAUGCUCUCAAAUUUGCGUAGUCGUGGAUGCUUAUUAGCAGGAGUUAAAGACUGUGAAACGUUAGAAACUCAACAAAGACGAUUUACAGUAAAUGGGUGGGAAGGUUCUAAUGCUUGGACAAUGGUAGAAGUUUACGAUUCAUUGCUUGAAACAGAUCGUAUUCGAAUUGAGCAUAUUGAAAUGCUUGACGAACGAGAGCUUCUGAUUCAAUUAUUGCAACAUUAUUGCAUUGCAAUUGCUUGGAAUGGACAAACAUUUAAAAAUCUGUCUAUAGCACAGGGUUGAUUUUCCAAAACUUUUUCAGUUACUCCAGGUAGUGAUAAAGUAUAAUCAAAUAUUGGUAAGUUCAUGAGUCAUUUAUUACAAUAGCCAGGGGGAAUUAUUACAUUGCAAAUCUUAUAGAUACAUAGAAGUUUUAUAUAAUUAUUAUAUUAUAUUUGUUUAAAGUAAAAAUAUUUUUGUUAGUUCAAAAGAAAAAUUUAUUUCUUUGUAUCUCUAAAAUGGUGUGUACAUGUCUUAAACUGCACCAAAUAUAUAUUCCUCUGUCUUCUUUUGAAUUUAUUUAUUUUUUAAGAAAUAAUAUAAAACAGUAUAAUAUAAAUGAGACCCAUGAUAAUUAUUUAUAUAACAAUGAUAUAGGCAACUCAAUAGUCAAUUGACAGUAUUUAAAACUACUCCUUUCUUGUAUAAAUGAAACCUCAAUUUACAUACAUAUAAGAUUAAUUGCUUCCAAACUUUAAAAAUAGAUAGUUAAACUUAUAAACAUUUUUAUUGUAAGUAAUAUAUAUUAUUAUUACUAUUAUUAUGUAUUAUUAACUGUUACACUAGAAGAGAGUAACAGCAGAAAGUAAUGGGAGUAGUUCCACAGAUCAUAUGAAAUUCUAUAUAAAUAGCAUAUUGACUAAAUAAUAUACAUGGAAAUUUAAUAUGAAGUUGUAUCUAAAUCAGAAAUUUCUUCAAUUUAAUAAUAUAAACAAUAUUCAGGUGACAUAAAAAAAGAUAUAAAAACUUUCAAAAAUUUGUAUCUAAAAUGUUAUCUAUAUUGUAUUAUAAGUAGAAGAACAUUGAUUAUUGGGUAGCCAUAAAAGCAAUAGUAUUUAAUAAUAAUAAUAAUUGAGUGUUGAUAUAAAGAAAGUAUUGAGUUUUUCUCUUAUUAAGAGGUAAUUAUUUAAGGUUAUGACGUAAGGUGCAACGAAAGUGAGAUUUACUUAACAAUGAAAAUAAUGUCAUAAAUACAAAUAUGAUAUAAUUAGAAAUAUGUAUGUAUACAAUCUUUUUUACAAUUCUAAGUUUGAGAUAACAACGAUCACAUUUUAUUUUUCUUUGAUUCUAUUAUUUAUAUAUGUGAAUUGCUUUUUUUCAAAUUAUAAAUAUAAAUUAUUAAUGCUUGCAUAUGAAUACAGCAUAAAUUCAUGUUUUUUUUUAUAUAUAUUAUAUAUUUUUGUGAAAGAAUAUAUGUUAAGAAUUCUAUUUCAGUCAAUACAAAGUUAAAUAAGUACAUUAUUGGUAGACAAGUAGUAAAUUUAUAGAAAAGAAUUAAUAAAGAUUUAUUUUCAUAUGAGGAGAAAUCAGGGUUAUGGUAUAUUCAAACUAUAAAUAACAUUAAAAAUGUCCUUAACUCAAUAAUGUUGGAUUUAUCUUGUAUAGAUAUUUUCUGUGCAUAUAGCUUCAUCAGUGUUAUAUUAUAAUUAAUGCAAUAAAAUUAUUAUUCUCCUUAAAUCUCAUAUUUUAUACCUGAACUUCAGAUUUGUAUCAAUUCUAUUUCAGAAACUAUUUUGUCAUAUUCUAAGAAUCACCUUUUAGACAUAAGAUUAUCUGAACAUAUAUGUGGAUAACUUCAUAAGAAAGUGUGUGAUGGAAUAUUUAUUAAAUGUAUAUUUUUAAAGAUGUGCUUGCAUACCUGGAGUAACAAAAAUAAAAUGAUCUCUCUCUUUCUCU